CUUUGAGAUGUGAUACCUCUAUGGUUGUCUAUCGUCCCAAUUGAGAAGCCUCAAACAGAAUUCAACGGCUAUCUAUAUUUAGAUAGGAAGACGCGCCGAAACCUCGGCUUCGAGUGACAUCUGCAAGCGGGCCGCCGAUUAUUUUUUAGCGGUGUUUCUUGCUAGAACGCUCUCAUAUAAAUACUCCACCAGCCCGUCUGAAGCAGGAUCUACUUUCCAGACCAUUGGCGCCGCGUCCCUCCUCCCCGCGCUGAAGAACCAUGCUCCUCCUCCAACCCAGCAGGGCAUUCGUGCCUCUGAGCACCACCAGCAUAUCCCGACAGUGCCCUCGGCUCCUCCCACGACUGUUCUCGACGUGCCCCGCGCUGCAGGCGCGAUCCAACCAAGCCACGCUCCCCAAUUCCUCCAUCAAGCUCUUCCGCGACGUGCCGGCGCUGCGUCAAUGGCGGCGCAAGCAGCUCCUCGACUACCGCAGCGUCGGGCUCGUGCCGACGAUGGGCGCGCUGCACGCGGGGCACCUGUCGCUGAUCCGGGCGGCGGCGGCCGAGAACUCGGCCGUCGUGGUCAGCGUGUAUGUGAACCCGACGCAGUUCGGGGUGCACGAGGAUCUGGACAGCUAUCCAAAGACGUGGGACAAGGACGUGGCGCUGCUGCGGGAUCUGGACCGCGAGCUGGCGGCCGACGGCGGGAACCUGGGGAAGAUCGCGGCGGUGUUCGCGCCGACGACCGAGGUCAUGUAUCCGAGUGGGAGGCCCGGGCAGGAGGUCGAUGCCAAGGGGAGCUUUGUGACGAUCACGCCGGUGGGGGAGGUGCUGGAGGGCGCUAGUCGACCUACGUUCUUCCGGGGCGUGGCUACGGUGUGCAUGAAACUGUUCAAUAUCGUGACGCCCGAGCGGGUGUAUUUCGGCCAGAAGGACGUGCAGCAGACGGCGGUGAUCAAGAAGAUGGUCAAGGAUUUCUGCCUCGAUAUCAAAGUCAUCGUUGGGGAGACGCAGCGGGAGCCCGACGGGCUCGCCAUGAGCUCCCGAAACGUCUACCUGGGCACGCGGCGCCGGCGAAUCGCCACAACUCUCCUGAAAGCCCUGCAAGCAGCCGAAGCAGCCUACCUUCGCGGGAGCCGGUCACGCGACGAGAUCCUGGGCCCGGCGCAGGAACUCGCGCGAUCCGUCUUAGCAGAGCAAUUGCAGCUGAAACCCGAGGAACGCGUCAAGUUCGAGGUCGACUACAUCUCCCUCGCGGACCCGGAGAACAUGAUGGAGGUGCAAGAGGUGGAUGAAUCCAAAGGCGCGGUUCUCAGCGGUGCUAUCAAGAUGCUCCCCGUGGAAUCACCACAAGCGGACGAGGAUAUCGGUGCAGCGGGCGGCCCGGCCGUUCGCUUGAUAGACAAUAUCAUACUGAAGCCCGUCACUGUAUGAACUAUAAUAUAACCAAAACCAAAACCGAGUCCAAACCCAAAAAUCAAAACACAAGAGAAAGAACAAAGAAGAAUCGAGGAACCCUCCAAAUAGAACAGCAAUAUCUGGGUUUCGACAAGCAGCUAGCCGUCAAAAAGAAAAAAAAAGAAAAAUUCACACCUUAUUGCUACCUACCUCCCUACCUACCUAUAUCAUAUAUUCCUUUGCAGCGGCAGACAGUGAAGAAGAAGGG